UAAAUAGGCAUAACAAAUCGAGUGACGAUACUGCUGCAGGUGAAAAUGAUGUAAGAGAAUCCCUAAAAAAAGACAGGUCAUGGUCGUAAACUCUCCGUCUCCUCUUCCAGAGAGAGCCAUCUAUGGCUUUGUUUUAUUCCUCGGUUCACAGUUUGGCUUCUUUCUGUAUUGUGUCUGGGCAUACAUCCCAGAAGAGUGGCUCCAUUCAGUUGGACUCACUUACUGGCCUCAAAAAUAUUGGGCACUGGCUGUGCCAAUCUACCUGCUGGUCGCUUUGACCAUCUGUGUGGUGAUGCUUUAUGGAGUGAACAUGUACAACACGGCGCCACUUGACUCUCUUGACAACAUUACUGAUGUAUAUGCAAGAGGCCAAGUGAAUGAAGUCCCCCAGAAGGGCCAAAUACCAAGACUGAAAGACGUGCCCAUCAGUGAAGUCAACAAAAUGUUCUACUUGUCGUCUAAAUGAUGAACACGUUUGUUUUUGUUGGAUGGAGGAAACGUGCUGUUAGAAAUAUGCGCCACACUGUGAACCCACACCAAACAAGAAUGACAAACACAUUUCGGGAGAACAUCUGCACCGUAGCGUCCCGGAAGAGUUAGUGCUGCAAAGGGUUCUGGGUAUUUGUUCUGUUGUGUUUAUGUUGUGUUACUUCAUUGGCUGAGUAUGAUAAAACACAUAUAGUUUGUUGCCAGUUGUUUGAGUAGUUCUAGUUCCUCAGAGAAAAGGGAGAAAAGAACAUGCAUAUUAUAUCAAUUGUAUAAAUGUGUGUGUAUAUAUAUAUAUAUAUAUAUAUAUUAUAUAUAAUAGCAUGGACAAAUGGGGCCAAUUAUUUUCAAUGUGUUUCUAUUUUUGUACUACACUUUUCUCAACUUUUAAAAAAAGGCCUAACCAGGGACAAGGGUUGCAAAUUAGCCUGUGGCUAGAAGUCUUACGUACUUUGACAUCGGUUACCUAUUGGAUAGCAAUGUUUAAUUGUAUUGUCCCUGUCAAAUAAAUAAAAAAUAAAUAGAUAAUUUACAUUAUAUUUAGGGGUGAGUGUCAGUUACUGUAAGUUUUUAAAAUAAACAAUCUGUUUAUGUUUGUGUUUUCAUUAAAAACAAUAUUUUCAUAUUGUGUUUUCAGAUGACAAUAUUGUUUUGGAAAUGCAAUCUUGGGAAAUGAAUAAAGUAUCUUAUUUUUGUUUGAAUUGCUUAGAAUGCGUAAUUGUGGUUUGUUGUGGUCGAAAAUAAAGUGUGA